UGCAUUUUUAUUUUAUUUUAUUUUAUUGAUAUUCAGAUAUUGAUGCCUCUUUUCAUAUGAUAAUCCCAAAUCUUGCUCUUUGUAGGCAACUCACUGAUUGUCUUAACUCAGUUAAAUCUUCGUCGAAAAAUGUCUUCUCAAGACGUACCGAAGACCUGCAAGGUCAUAUUAGCAGACACCAUUGCUAAAGGCCUCCUUGCUGAAGUGAAGGAUACAUUGAAAUCCAUCCAAAAAAGUCCCGAGACUCAACCAACUCUCGUUGCAUUCCUAGCGAACGAUGAUCCUGCAGCCGUCAAGUAUGCUGAAUGGUCUAAGAAGACCUGUGAAGAAAAUGGCUUCACUUUCGACUUGCGCCAAGUAGACAAGGAUAGACUGGAAGAAGAGAUCGUAAAUGCCAAUGAAGACGACAAGGUUGAUGGCAUCAUUGUCUACUACCCCAUCUUCCCCGGCAAUCCUGCCCAUGACCGGUACGUCCAGGAGACUGUAUCGCUCUCCAAGGAUGUCGAAGGGCUUUGCCAUAAACACAUUUACAACAUGUAUUAUAAUAUCCGCUUCCUCGAUCCACCUCAAAACUUGAAGAAGUCCAUUCUCCCUUGCACUCCGCUGGCCGUGGUCAAGAUCCUAGAAUACCUUCAAAUCUACAAUUCCAUCCUGCCCUACGGAAACCGGCUCUUCGGGAGGACUAUCACGGUUAUCAACCGCUCGGAGGUCAACGGUAGGCCGUUGGCUGCUCUUCUCGCCAAUGAUGGUGCUACCGUGUAUUCCGUCGACUUGACGGGAGUCCAGCUCUUUACCCGUGGCCAGGGUAUCAAGCAGCCGCGGCAUCAAGUCCAGGAGAAGGAAGGGUGGACCUUGGAGCAAUGCAUACCUAUUAGCGACGUUAUUAUUGGUGGCGUCCCCGUAGAGAGCUUCAAAGUGCCAACGGAGCUCAUCCGUGAUGGCACUGUCUGCAUCAACUUUUCUUCCUAUAGGAACUUUGACGGCCCGGCUGUCAAGGAGAAGGCAUCAAUUUAUGUUCCUUCGGUUGGAAAGGUCACGAUCGCUGUUUUACUGAGGAACUUGGUGCGUCUGAUUGCAAAUCGUCCCUCCACCAACCAAGACGGCUCAGCCGACGAGUCUACACUAAAAGCUAAGAGCGAGGCAUUCGUGCACGAUAUCUAAUUUAGGAAACGAAAUUUCAUCCCCAUCUACGUACCUUGAACACUAGGAUCAUCAGGCCUAUUUACACGAAUAAAGGUAGAGCACAUUGGGUUUCUGGCGUUAGACAUGGUUAUUGAAAAGUUUUAAAUAUAUUUAGACCUGCCCUUCGAGGCAUUAUGGUUCUGUGGUAUUACAGCAAGGAUACUAUACCUUGUCCAAUAAAUACAUCAUCAAAACGACG